CAAGCGAAUGCUCCCUGUUCCACCAGCCCCACCGCUGCUCGCCUUAAAGCCAUGCUCAUCACUGUCCCCGCCACCCAUUCUCAUCCACCACCAUCUCACCGCGCUCACCACUCACCGUCAUGAUUGAGACUCAAACCGCCCCGAGCAUCAUCACCUCCGAGGUCCCAGUGGUCAACGGCGACAUUCUGCGCACUACCGGCUCCCCUGAUGUCGAGCCCAUCGCGGACGGUGCCGCGCCCCCCAAGACGGCCGCCACCCGCCGGCCAUCCAUUGCAGACGCCGUCGGGAUUGACCUCGAGGCUGUAGGCAAGGCGGAAGCACGGAAGAUCAUGUCCGAAGAGCACCGCGUUCUCGGUUUCCGCCCGCCCCACGGUUCGCUUGCUGCAGAGGUGCAAGCCGCCGCCGCGAAGCACCCUGAGGGCAAGGCGGGCAAGCAGCUGCCCGACCCCGUCACGCUCAAGGAGCUCGCGCGUCAGGACGCCCAGCGCAUCCUCGCCGAGCGCAAGACCAACAUCGAGGCGAGCCCGCCCGGCUCGAAGGCCAUCCACUUGAACGGCACUGCGAAGGCCGUCAAGCCACCCGCCACCGGUGGCGUGAACCUUGCCUCCCUCAGUGCUGCGGAGGCGCGCACGCUCAUGUCGCACGAGCACAAGGCGCUGGGUUUCCGCCCGCCGCCCGGCUCGCUCGCUGCGGAGGCCCAGGCUGCCGCCGCGAAGCAUCCCGAUGGCGCGGCCGUCAUCCCAGUGGUCGACCCAGAGGUGUUGAAAGACAUCGCCCUCAAAGAUGCGGAGCGCAUCAAGGCCGACCGCGAGCUCAAUAUGGUCGGCGAGGUCAACGUCAGCACCCUCGGCGAGGCUGGUGCAGAGCAACUCGUGGACGCGACGAGGGAGGCUCUCGGACACACCCCGCCCCUCGACUCCCUUGCUGGCGAGGCGAAGCGUGCGGCGGAGGCGCACCCGGAGGGCGGCAGCUUCCCCGUGAUGGACGGCGAUGUGCAGCGCAUCGAAGAAGCAGGCCGCCAGGAGGGGGAGAAGCUGAAGGCGCAGGAGUCGCUGGACGUGGAUGGUGAGCAGACUCACAGCGUGAAUGGGCUCGUGGGCGACGUCGCGUCCCUCAAACUGAGCGACGUGCGGCGGACCUCGAGCGGCAGUGGCCUGGCCAGCCCCGAAAACUUCGCGAUGAAACACGGAGUAGGCACCGUCCUGCGCUCAUCGGCGAUGCGGCGCACGGAGACGGGCGACUCCGUGGAGAUCAUCGGAGACGUCAUUGGCUGAACGGCCUCUGGCAAGAUAUCCCCCUAACUUAUCAACCCAUCGAGCAAGUGUACGAUUGUCAUGAUGUUCGUAGAUUACAUAUGUCGCUGUCGUGCUAUAAUUGUCUGUUCCAUGUAUCGUCAUAGCUCUGUCGAGACCAGCAAUACCCCGCGAGUCGGCGUGUAUAUACAUAUAUCGAUUAUCCGUUUGAAUUAGGCUUCGUUAUCGAA